GACCGGACACGAGUUGUGGGAAUACGCACGCACUGCGUACCCAAUUGAGUUUAUCGCGACUUUGUCUGGCAAACUCAUGACAUAGGGCUCGGCAGCAACGGGGUCGCAUUGACUCUCGACGCCAAUUGCGUAGAGUGACGGAUCUCAUCAAAAUUCACCGACGGUUUUCAACAUGGCAUCCUCAUACGCCCUCCCCACGCCGCCAUUGCCCCACAACCAUAGCCAUCAUGGGCACAGUCACGGUCACAGCCACUCACUUGCCUCCCAUUCCCACUCGCCGCCCUCGUUCGGCCAUUCGAGACGAACCGACCGAUCCAGUGGAAACAUGCACGUCUAUAGCCAGAGCCUCGGCCACAACCACAGCCAUAGCCGUGAACAUGUACACUCAGAAGGGGACGACAGUCCACAAGCACAGAACAUGUCACACUACAGGGCGAACUCGUUCUUUCCACUGCAGACACGCAUGAACCGACCUCAGCCGUCUCCGUUGUGUAGCAAACUGCCGCAGGCAUUAAGUCCAGUCGAGGACAUGUCUCCAGCUGUACAAGCUAUGUCCAACUAUUUCGAGGCUCCUGCCGUUGCUGUUGCACACUCUCACGACCACGACCACGACCAUGACCAUAACCACGAUCACCAUGAUCACCAUGAUCACCACGAUCACCACGAUCACCACGAUCACCACGAUCACCACGAUCACCACGAUCACGCCCACGGCCAUGGACAUGUACACUCACACGGACCACGUCAUUCCAAACUGACAGGUCUGCUUCUGCCAUACGCUUCUAGGUGGCCGUUGUUGCACGCUAUAAUGAUGGAGAAGGACUCACGUCGCAUCUUUUACUUUAUGGGUCUCAACUUCUCCUUUAUGGCUGUGCAGGCAUUCUAUGGAUACGUGACCGACUCGUUAGGUCUUCUGAGCGACAGCAUACACAUGUUUUUCGACUGCGUUGGCUUGGCAGUGGGACUGUUCGCCUCGGUAAUGAGCAAGUGGCCGCCAAGCGAAAGGUUCCCAUACGGCUUUGGAAAGAUCGAGACGCUGAGUGCGUUCGCCAAUGGCAUAUUCUUGAUCCUAAUCAGCAUUGAGAUCAUGUUCGAAGGAUUCGAGCGACUGUUAGAGGGCCGGGAAACCAAGCGCCUGAUGGACCUGUUCGUGGUUAGCACCUUGGGGUUGAUCGUCAACCUGCUGGGCAUCUUUGCAUUUGGAUCGCACAGCCAUGGGCACGGUCAUGACCACGGGCACGAUCACGGGCACGAUCACGGCCAUUCGCAUUCGCAUGCACACGACAGCCACGACCACGGACACGAUCAUGGUCACUCUCAUGAUAACGAGAACAUGCAUGGCAUCUACUUGCAUAUCCUCGCCGAUACCCUCGGCAGUGCGUCUGUGAUUCUCUCUACAGUCCUUACCUAUCUUUUCCCAUGGUCCGGCUGGGACCCUGUGGCGUCAUUCCUGAUUGCCUACUUGAUCGGCAUGGCAGCCCUGCCACUCGUCAAGUCCUCCGCCCGCCGCCUGCUCCUGACUAAUCCCGAUGACACCGAAUACAAUCUGCGCAAUGCUCUCUCGGGAAUAACAGGUGUUCGUGGGGUGGCUUCGUACGCGGUGCCCAAGUGCUGGGCCGACGACAGGACAGGAAGUGAAGUGCGCAGCAAGCUGAUAGGGGUGAUACACGUCGCGGCCGUUCGCGGCACGGAUCUGGAGGAUGUUCGUAAUAGGGUGAAGAGCUACGUUGCUGAACACGGCAUCGACAUGACCAUUCAGAUGGAAAGAGAGGGCGACACGACCUGCUGGUGUGGAAUGGGUCGGCUGAGUCCGGUCUCGCCGAAUACAAGUUCGGGCAGAUACUAACAUCUACUACGACGACAUCACUUCAGAACUUGUACG